GCCAUAGAAAGAAACAACUGGCACUUGUUUAUAACCUAGAUACCUAGCCUAAGGAUCGGCAAAUUCUCCGACUAUUAGUUAUUCCGAUAUUUGGUCGCGAUUUGUCGACGAACGAAUUUCUCGAAAUUUGGACGAGUGAAUUAUCAUUCAAACAUGAACGCUCUACGUUCGUGCGUUAAGAUUGUCGUCCUAAGUAAAGGAGUGCGAUCUGUUAAUUAUGAAGGACAGAGAUUCAUUAAAAGAUGGAUAGCGCCGACGCAAAAAGAACUAAGCAGGCGCAAGAGGGAACUUGGUGAGCAACCAGAGCCAAAACGUAACACCUUCCUCGACUGGAAUAGAUCCGCGGAAAUUUAUGCCUUUAAUAAACGACUAUCUGAAAGUUUUGAUAUGGAAAAAUUGGAGCAAGCUUUCACUCACAGGUCGUAUAUUAUUCAAGAGGAGCAGAAGCAGAGAGAGAUGGGGAUAGAAGAUCCCACACUAGCUAUACAAGAUAACACUGAGUUUGUUAGAAAAGGCGACGAGCUUACGUCACAAUUUGUGCAGAGUUGUUUAUCCCAAAUUUUACCAAAUGCAUCUGAGGACGUCAUAAUUUCAUUACAUGACUACCUUCUUUCUGAAGAAAUCCUAGCUAAAGCAGCUUUUCAUAUUGGAACAAAAGAUAUUAUCUUAACGGAGGAACAUCCAGUGACUCAGAAGACUUUAGCUGACACUUUCCUCGCACUUGUCGCAGCGCUCGCUGAAAGUGUAGAUGUAAAUCAUGCAGCAAAUUUUGUUAAAGAUUUCCUAAUUGUCAUAUUGGCUGAGAAGGAUCUAUUGGAAAUAUGGAAACCAACUCAACCAGUCGAGCAUUUAAAUGAUGUUUUACAGAAACAAAACAGAUCACCUGUUGAACCCAGACUUAUCGGACAUACUGGUCAAAAUACCCUCUUAGUAGUAUAUCAUGUAGCAAUGUAUUCGGAUAAAGAAUUUCUAGGAUCAGGAUUUGGCCAAACAAUCCAGGAAGCCAAAAAUGUGGCUGCCUUAAAUAUUUUAAGCCGAAUAUUUGGUCUAUCUGAAUCCAGUAAACCACUUCAGUUUAAUAAAGCGAUAAAUUUAUCUUUGUGAACAAGACGAAUUUUAUUUUUAAGGAAAAAAAUUUAGUAUAGUAAUACUGAAAUCAUUUUUCUUGUACAUAUAAAGUAUAAAAUAAAAAAAUAUACGUAUAAUAAAUUUCUAUUUGUAAAAAGAA